AUGGAGAAAUCUCGCCUGCGCGUGAUUAUAUGGAAUGAAUUCAAACGCGGAAAUACUGCGGUAGAAACCUUCAGAAUCAUAAACGAAAAUGAGGGUAAGAAUGUUGUGAGUUAUUCUACGGUGACCAGAUGGUUCGCAAAGUUUCGUGUGGACGAUGAGAAGCUUGAAGACAAACCACGUGCAGGAAGACCCAGCAAACUUGACAAAGAUGCCCUGAGGCGCAAGAUUGAAGAUGACCCACAUAUUACAAUCCGGGAGUUAGAAGAGUUACUAAACUGUGGAAAAAGUACCAUUGGUGAUCAUUUGAAGGCAAUGGGUAUGGUCAAAAAGUUGGACAAAUGGGUGCCUCACAAUUUGACUGAUCUGCAAAAAGCCAAGAGACGAUGUAAAUCGUUGGCAAGACUGUAUUGA